AUCCUAUCCUAUCCACAAUGGCAACUCAGUACCAAGCUUCCUCGAACGUAGAUCCCAAGGCGAAAGCUGCCGAGACCAAGAAGCGAUUCUUGGACGUAUGGCCCAAGCUCGAGAAUGAGCUCGUCGACUUGAUGAAGCAACAUUCCAUGCCUGAAGACGCUACAGAAUGGUUCAGACGCAACUUGAACUAUAACACUCCAUGGGGUAAACUCAACCGCGGUAUCUCGGUGGUCGAUACAUUCGAGAUCCUACAAGGCCGUCCACUAACCGACGAAGAGUUUUUCAAGUCGGCAGUGUUGGGCUGGUGCGUCGAGCUCUUGCAAGCCUACUUCCUCGUAGCGGACGAUAUGAUGGACGCUUUUAUGCUCGAAGCCGCCAUCUAUCACUUGCUCAAAGUGUACUUUAGGACGGAGAGCUGUUAUGUGUAUUUGCUCGAAUUGUUUUUGGAGACGACGUUCAAGACGGAGAUUGGCCAGUUGAUUGAUUUGAUCACGGCUCCGGAGGAGGAAGUCGACCUCAGCAAGUUUUCCCUCAAAAAGCACCAGUUGAUUGUGAUUUACAAGACGGCGUACUAUUCGUUCUACCUCCCCGUCGCGUUGGGCAUGCGCUAUGCGGGCAUUUACUCGGACGAGGCCUACGCCACCGCCUUGUCCAUCCUUAUCCCCAUUGGUGAAUAUUUCCAAGUUCAAGACGACUAUCUCGACUGCUUUGGAACUCCUGAGCAAAUUGGCAAGAUUGGAACGGAUAUUUUGGACAACAAGUGUAGCUGGAAUGUCAACAUUGCACUGCAAAAAGCCAACGAGAAGCAGAGAAAGGUCUUGGAUGAAAACUAUGGAAGAAAGGACGCGGCGGCAGAAGCUCGCGUAAAAGAGGUAUUCAACGAACUCCAGAUCGAACCGCUCUACAAAGAGUACGAGCAAAACACGUACGAGAAACUGAACAAGCUCAUCGAUGCUAUCCCGGAGACGCCAGGACAGGAGUACACUUCGUCAGGAGGAGGAGCAACCAAGUAUGAGCCAAUGUUAGAGCCGUUUCCCCGCACAAUCCCCAGUUUGGGGAAUGAGAAGGACAAGGUGUCCCUGAAGCGUGAGGUGUUUAGGAGCUUCUUGAACAAGAUAUACAAGAGGCAAAAGUAG